AUGCACGUUGGGGUGCCCAAGGAGAUCAAGAGCAAGGAAUACCGGGUCGGCCUGAUGCCCGCGUCGGUGCGCGAGCUGAUCCACCACGGACAUCGGGUGACGGUGGAAGCCGGCGCCGGCAGCGGGAUCGGCUUCGAGGACGCCGCCUACAGGGCCGCCGGCGCCGAGGUGGUCGACAGCGCCGAGGAGGUCUUCGCCAAGACCGACAUGAUCGUGAAGGUGAAGGAACCGCAGGCCGGCGAGAUCGCGCGUCUGCGCGAAGAGCAGAUCCUCUUCACCUAUCUGCAUCUCGCCCCCGACCGUCCGCAGACCGAGGGCCUGCUGCAAUCCGGUGCGACCGCCAUCGCCUAUGAGACCGUGACCGACACGGCAGGCCGGCUGCCGCUGCUGGCGCCCAUGAGCGAAGUCGCGGGCCGGAUGUCCGUUCAGGUCGGCGCGCACUGCCUGGAGAAGGAACAGGGAGGUGCCGGACUCCUGCUCGGCGGCGUACCGGGGACGCCGGCGGCCAGGGUCGUGGUGCUGGGUGGAGGCGUCUCGGGCAGCAACGCGGCGCGCAUGGCGAUGGGCAUGGAAGCCCACGUGACGGUGAUCGACAAGUCCCUGCCGACCCUCGACCGCCUGGAUCUGCGCUUCGGUGGACAGCUCAACACGAUCUUCUCGACGGUCGAGACACUCGAACAGCACGUCUGCAACGCCGAUCUGGUGAUCGGCGCCGUGCUGGUCCCAGGGGCCGCCGCCCCCAAGCUGGUGACGCGGGAGAUGGUGGCCGCCAUGAAACCGGGCGCCGUGCUGGUCGACAUCGCCAUCGAUCAGGGCGGCUGCUUCGAGACCUCCAGGCCCACCACCCACGACGAUCCCACCUACGUGAUCGACGAGGUGGUGCACUACUGCGUCGCCAACAUGCCGGGCGCCGUCGCCCGCACGGCGACCAGCGCCCUUAACAACGCCACCCUUCCCUUCGUCCUGGCGCUGGCGGACAAGGGCGCGCGCAAGGCGCUUUCCGAUGAUCGCAAUCUUUUGAACGGCCUCAACGUCGCCCAGGGGAAGCUGACCUACCGCGCCGUCGCCGAGGCCCAUGGCCUGCCUUACACGGCCCCUCAGGAGGUCAUGGGUCUGUCCUAA